GUCACAGUCAUCAACAAAAUGGCAUACAGCCCUGGAAAAUCGCCUUCAAAGAGAAAAUCAGAGUCCGUGAUCGGAUAUGUUCACGAAUUAUCGCCGAUCAAGAAGAAUAAAUCCCGCACGAUCGAGUACCAUUCGCUGACGCUGCAAACAUCGAGUACUCAACAUCGUGAAGCCCUCCUGUAUUCAACUCAAAAGAGUAAGUUCUUGGAAGAGAGUUUGGAAACCAGGACACCAGUGAAAUUUCAGAACAUUACGUACACCGCGGACGGCAAAAAAAUUGUCAUAAAUGACAUGACCUUAGUCACCACUCCAAAGCCAAGUAAAUACGACUUCCAAUACGCAGACUUCGCGCAGCAUGAGGACACAACACCAGUCCCGAUUUUCGACGUACUUAACAAACAUAAUCAAUGGGACACUGUUACCAUCAAAGGAAAGAUUGCACAAAUAAAGGAUACCACAAUCGUCGGAUCAAAGAAACUGAGACUCUGCCAAGCACUGAUUGCAGACAACACCGCAACCAUGCCAUUAGAUAUAUGGGAGAACAAUAUCGCAACAUUCAAACUUGGAUCCAUCUACAUUGUAGCACCAGUCCAAGUGCGUGUUUGGUCACGUACCAAAAAACUCAGCACUAUAGUUAAAACAACUGUGACUGAGACCACCGACGAAACUCUUUCAGACAUCUCUCUAGUAUCAAGCAAGCUAGACGAAAAUGAACCCGACCUUGCAACGGUAACAUAAAGGAAGUUCUACGAGUCCAGAGCAGCGACAAAUUUCGGAAGUGCCUAAAAUGCGACCGUAAGGUUCAAGAUUGCUCUUCUCGGGUGGUCAACUGCCAAAAGUGUGGGA